GUCAAGCAAAGCGUUCCACGGUCGUCAAUGAAAACAACAUGGCGGGCGAUGUGAAGUUCUGUAUAACCAUUGCGCUUUGCGUUCUUUUUCUCCAGUCAUUUACUCAAGCUCAGGACUCGGAUUAUUACUACGAAAGCUAUGAUAUUCUCAGCAGAAGCAGACGUUCGGUGUCCGCUUUUGAUCCACCAUCUCCAUCUCCUGAAUUUCCUGCUGUAUUAUUCUCUGAUUUGAAUUACAAUAAUGCUACCAAUAGUGGGUAUUACCAUCGUCUAAGACCCGACCAUGAGUACAGAGUGUGGGGUCGAACAGUCGCUGGAAGUGUUCGAGAGUUCGAGUUCAGGUCUAUGUUGUUUAUGUCUGAUGUGAGCAUAACAUUCAAAGCGUGUUGCCUUGCAGGAAAUACAUGGACCAAAACAGUAUCUAACGUCCCAAACAUCUCCAAUAUCCAUCUUUGGAUGUUUGACAGGCCAGAUGUUAGUGGUGCAAGUGGGAUAUUCUACACAGAUUGGACACAUUGGAUGAUGGACUUUUCACUCAAAGUAUCUUGUCCACCUGGAGGAUGCAAGGCAUCUAAUUGCAGUCAAACCUGCUAUUUUGGUACAUGUGGGACAGAUCUAACAUGUCAGUGCACCAAUGGACACUCUGGUGCAAACUGUGAAACUAGACCAUCAGUAAGUGAACCAUUUCCAACGUUACAGUAUCCAUUACUCCUGUUCCCGCUGAAGAACUUCAAAGGAACUCCAGUGAAAAUCACCCCAGGAAAAAUGACAACGUUUGCAGAAAAUAAACAGAAACUGAAGGCAAUGACAUAUAAUUCACUGCGUGUUCUCUACACAAGGCCAUUAGUUUUCUCUAGGAUUGAUCACCAGGUUACUACAACAGUAGCCAUAGGAUCAGACAUUGAGGAUAUUGCUGGUUAUAUGACGUCAAACCCAGACAUUGCAAAUGCACUUUGGUUCAACUAUGCUUCUGAUAUUAAUUUAGAGUUUGGUGUGAAAGUUGAUGAGGUGGCAGCUUGUGCAAAUUGCAGUACAACUGGUGGUUGUUGUUAUACUGGAAGUUGUAUUUGUUUACCUGGGUAUUCUGGAGCUAAUUGUGAUGUUAAAAACCCUUAAUUACACAACUGUAUAUCAUCUUUGAACUAUGCCUAAUAUUUAAUGUACUGGUAUUAAUAUUGCACAUGCUUUGUAAUUUAAA